AUGUCCUCUUUACCAAAAAUGUUUUUUCCUUAUGAUAUUUUGGCUCUUUUAAUUCGUACUUGUGGGUUAAGUUUGUAUUUAUACUUAUUUCCUGCAUUGUUAAAGGAAAUUGCAUAUAUCCUAUCUCUAUUCAUGCCAUCACUUUUUUUACAAAUGUCUCAUCUUUCCGGAUACUACUUAUUUCUCGCAACCACUAUUUGUGUAUUGGAUGUUCAGGACAAAAUGAUAAAUUCUGUUACCUUGUCUAGAGCACUUCAGGUUUAUCAAUUACGUAAAAAAGAACAUGGGAUUCUCGAAUAUAUAAAUAAUUAUAUUGACAAGAUUAAAGCUUCCGAUAUUCCAAUUUCUCCAUUUUGUCCUUGUCAAAACUCUGAGUCGAAUAUUAAUAAUAGUGGUUGGUGUGAAUCUUGCGGAUUAGGUCUGGUGCCUGGUGUUAUGCUUCCUCCUUGGACCAGCGGGUGUCCAGAAAUUAAUAGGAUUAUCUUUCGUACUCAAAUUGAAUCUAAUCAUAUUUUUGAUCAUAUUGAAUGGAUCAAUUAUGAUAGGUUUACAGAUGUUAAAAAAAUUAUGAAAGGUAUACAAGGUGAUGUUUACUCUGCUUCUUGGUUAGAUGGACCAAUGUAUUUAUAUGGAAUGGCAAGAAAUGGUUCUCAAAACGUGAUUAUUAAAAGCCUUGGGAAAUCUUCAGUUAAUGUGACCCCCGAAUUUCUUCAUGAGCUUGAAACAUAUGUCAAACUCAUCACUUCGUACACGGAAUUACGUUACGAAUUAUUAGGUUCUAUUCAAUGUUAUGGCCUAACCCGAAAUCCAAGUACUCAAGAAUAUAUGUUGGUUAGCGAAUAUAUCGAAGGAGGAGAUCUAAGAAAUUAUCUUUCCAAAAACUUUAAAACCAUGAAAUGGCUUGAAGAUAAAUUACAAAUUCUUAUUUCAAUCGCAAAAGGAUUAAAAUUAAUUCAUGAAUCAGGGUUUGUUCAUCAUAAUUUACACUUGGGAAAUGUGUUGAUUGGAAAAGAUGGCUCGGCAUAUAUUUCAGAUCUUGGAUUAUAUCCUUUUAUCAUCUUAUCUGAUCAGGAUUCAAAAAAUUUAAGAAAAGAAACAGUGUCGAAAGGAAUAUUUGGUGUUCUUCCUUAUGUAGCACCUGAGGUAUUAGAAAGAAUUCUACCUUAUACAAAAGAAUCUGAUAUAUAUAGUUUUGGUAUUAUAAUGUGGUCACUUUCUUCAGGAAAGUUACCAUUUUCUGGAUGUCCAUUUAACACGAAUUGGUAUUUCUUGGUAAAUGAAUAUGAUGAAUUUAAAAAUUUUGAUGAAAUGAUAAAAAGUGAUGUUGAAGAGAAACCUACAAUAUUUGAAAGUGAGAACGUUCAUUGUAGCCAAUUUAUCGAUUUGGAUGCUAUUUCAAAAGAAGAAACCUUUGAAGUUUUGGAUGAUG